UGUCGUGGGCAGUGCCUGUCUACUCACGGUCCAGUGAUUGCGACAUCCGUACCUUGUGAGGUAUAUAAGGAAUAGCCUACAUCAUAACACUUUAGAUGUGAGAGCAUUCUCCACUGUUGAGGCUGUUCCGUUAACAACAACUGAAGUCAGAAGCAGAUCAAGAUGAUCAGAACCCAAAGUCUCGGAGUGACCACCCCAACUCUCCUGGCCCUCAGCGUCCUUCUGAUGACCACAGACGCUGUCAAGUACAUGUACCCCCUCACUAAAUACGUGGAACCCCCGGCCAGCCAACCACACGUUUACCCCGGGGGACCGGGCCUGCCCUUCCCCGAGCUGAACUACCUGUGUAGGGGUAAGGACGGUGUCAUGUUUCUCCUCCCCUGGGCCUGUACUGGCUAUGUCCGGUGUGUUGGAGAUUCAGCUUACUGGAGCAGGUGCCCGUUGGAUCCCAGAACCGUCACUGGUCUGCAGGAACCGAUCUGUGUGAUGGACCGCGCCGAGUGUAAGAGACAGGAGAAAGUUCGCUGGAAUGAGUUCUGUCGCCUGACCGCUAGAGGGCGCUACCCCUCAACCCUGAGCUGCGCUUUGUACUACGACUGCAGUGUGGGCGCUGAGACGGUGGCGCUGGAAUGCCCCUAUCCCGACCUCUUCAACGUCACAUCCGGUCUCUGUGAGGACUUCCGGUCUGCUGAGAAAUAUUGCGAUGGAAGACCCGUACCAAAAGCCCCAUGCGACUAUCAAGCUCUCAACAUCACAUGUACAGAUCCACACUGUCUGCCCUGUUCGGAGCUCCGGCCAUCUUGUGUUGGUAAACCGGAUGGGAACCACGCUCUGCCAACUCGGACAAACUACCCGUGGUACCUGAGGUGUGAGAGAGGAAGAACUUUGGAUGUUUUGAAAUGUCCAGACGGAAUGUUCUUCUCCCCUUUUUUUGUUCAGGGUGUAUACCCUUCGGUUCAACGACGUGUUGAUCAUUGAAAAAGAUCAUGGCAGUGGAAUUGAAAUCCGGGUGUGAAUGUAUUGAGAUAUACAAAUGUGAUAUAACGGUACGAAGUGAAAGUCGUACGACAAGAACUGAAUCUCAGAACUAUUUAACGACAUACUGAGAUCGCACAUGUAGUGUCACCGAUUGAUAGUAACACACUAUAUUUUGCAACAUAAUAAAGAAUACCAAAUAUU